CGGCCAGCAGCUCACACAACGAUCGACCGACGUUAGCCACUGGCGACGAUGACAACGACCACGAGUACACUUCGAGAAACCACAAGCACCACCACAACCACCUUCACUGUGCGAAAGAUGACGGGCCGACGAAUCUCAAAGCUGUCCAGCAUCCUGCUGCUCUGCGCCGCCUUGCUGCUGACCAAGUCCUGCGGCAUUCUGGCCCUCAGCGGGGAGGCCGCCUCCAAGACCCAGGAUGUGGGUCAGGGUCAGGCGGAGCCCUGGAGCGACACCACCACCACCAUUCAGCCAAGUGAGGAUGGCAGCGGAUCCGGCUCAGGCGACUGGCAAUUGACCACGGAGGAGGAAACCACUGGCUCCGGGAACGAGGAAACCACUGUUCCGGAUGAGGAGACCACCGUAUCCGAUGAGGAGACCACAAGUUCCGAUCAGGAGAGCUCCACGGGUGCCCCUGGCGAUGGGGAGACCACCACAUCUGCUGCGGAAACCUCACCACCAGCUGGACAGGUGAGCUCUUCCCCGGCUCCUGACAGCUCAGCUGCUCCCGAGGAGACCUCUCCCGCUCCCGAGGACACUUCAUCCGCUCCCGCAGAGACUUCAUCCGCUCCCGAGGAGACUUCAUCCGCUCCCGAGGAGACUUCACCCGCUCCCGAGGAGACCUCACCCGCUCCCGUGGAGACUUCAUCCGCUCCCGAGGAACUAACCACCCUUGAACCAGGAAGCUCUAGUUCCUCCACCCCGGCAGACCCCACCAUUGCACCCACCCCGCCCACUUUCAAGUGCCUGGCGGCUGGACUGUUUCCCCACAUCGGUGGCGACUGCAGACGCUACCACAACUGCCUGCUCAACCCCGUGCUGCUGCAGCUCCAGGAGAUCGAGCUGAUCUGCCCGGAACCGACCGUCUUCUCGCCCAGCUUGAGCAGAUGUGUGAGAGAUCUGGCGGAGUGCUUGGCGGAAGACUUCCUGUGCCCCUCCGUAGGCCGUUUCGCGGGACACGAUGACUCCUAUUACUACAACUGUGUGGCCAACCUGCAGGGUGGUUUCCACAAGUUCAUCGUGCGCUGCUCCAGUGGCCAGAGAUUCCAGCCCUUGGUCGGGGGAUGCUGGCGCUACGACUGGACGCAGAUUGUGCCCGGCCAAGAGGCCACGGAGGUCAGCGAUCUGGCGGCCAUCAAGCGGGAACUGAAGCUCUACAAGGCCGAGGCCAAACAGAAGCUGAAGGCCAAGAAGGAGCAGGAGAAGCAGGCCAAGAAGCAGCAGAAGCUGGAGGAGAAGGCCGCCAAGAAGGCGGCCAAGGAGCAGGCCAAGCAGCAGGCGAAGGCCGAGAAGGAGAAGGAGAAACAGCAGGCCAAGGGAGAGUCCAUCGAGAGCGCCGAGUCCGCGGAGUAACCAGCUCCAAGCUUCCAGCUAGUCUUCUCCAGUUAAAGAUUAACCCAUCCAUCUAUGUUGGUCCAUUGCUCUAGUCUAGUAAAAUUAUCUUUCCUUUUUUUUUUGUUUUGUUUUGUGCACGUGGUGUAAAUAAAGAUUUAAAAAGAAA